CCUCACUGUGGAGUACGCUCUGUUAGCUGCUUUCGUCGGAAGGUUGAAUGUGUUUGAUACAAGUCUAAGUUCUGGCUGAGAAAUGAGCGCACCGACGUGACCGGUAUUCCUUAUCAAAGGUACGCACUAUGGGAGGCAAACUAUCCAUUGAUGACGAUGUCCAUGUGGUGAUUGUUGGUGGUGGAUUUGGUGGAAUUGCAGCUGCCCAGCAACUUAAACACCAUGGAGUGCCCUUUAUGCUGAUUGACCUCCUAGAUGCAUUUCAUCACAAUGUAGCAGCAUUGCGUGCUUCUGUUCAAAGUGGCUUCGCUUGGCAGACUUUCAUCCCGUACAAAGAGACUUUUGGAACGAGUUUCCUUCAGGGACGUGUCGUACGCAUAGACACCACAGUGCAGUCUGUUGUGCUCGACGAUGGAAAGGAUGUUAGAUAUUCCCAUCUCAUCCUGUGCACUGGGUCAGAUGGACCCUUUCCUGGCAAAUACAAUGCUGUGGAUUCGUACCAGAAAGCCAUUGAGAAAUAUGAAAACAUUGUGAAAGAGAUCCAAGCAGCAGACUUUGUUCUCGUAGUUGGUGGUGGAGCCACUGGGGUGGAAAUGGCUGCUGAGAUCAGGACAGAAUAUCCAACCAAGAAGGUGAUUCUAAUUCAUUCCCACGAGGCCCUAGCAGACCCAGAGCUGCUCCCCUGUGUGAGAGAGCAGGCCAAACAGGUGCUGCUAGAGAAGGGAGUGGAACUGUUACUUGGACAGAAGGUUUCAAAUAUGAACGAGCUGGAGUUCAGUGUGACUCGGAAGGGCACAGUGGUCAAGACCGAUAAGGGCGAGCAGUUCACUGUUGAUCUUGUCAUCUGCUGUGUAGGGAAUAAGAUCAACUCAGAUGCGUACAGGUCCAGUCUAGGUGGGUGUCUGGCAGAAAAUGGGGCCCUGAAAGUGAAUAAGCACAUGCAGAUUGAGGGCUUUACCAAUAUAUAUGCUGUUGGGGACUGUGCAAAUGUCAGCGAACCCAAGAUGGCCUAUCAUGCUGGUCUCCAUGCAGCAGUAGCUGUCACCAAUAUUAUUAACAGCAUGUCUGGAAAAGCACUGACGUCAUACCACACAGGAAAUGUGACAAUGCUGUUGGCUAUGGGUAGAGAUGAUGGGGUGGGCCAGUUCAAUGGCUAUAAACUACCUCGCUUCCUGGUCACUAAAGGAAAGAGCCAGGGUCUGCUGCUGUGGAAGAGCUGGAGGGAAAUGGGACAGAAAGCCCCCAGCUAGAAGAAAGGUAUUGCCCAUCUUUAGGUUACAUGCAAACAGGCCAGCCCAGGUCUAAGAGCAUGUCUUAUUAUGUACAAGAAUAAAUGAAUCAUAUAUGAUUAAUAAAUGACAGUGAAACAAUAUCAUUAAAUUUACUUUUGUAAAAAGUCAUGACAAAUAAUGUUAACUUUUGAUCUUUUUAAGCAUUAAUCUUUGUCAUUUUUCUUAUGUGGACAAAAUAAAAUUGCUUAAGAUAUGUAGAUCUGUACCCUUCAUACAGUUAAAUAGGUGUAGAAAAGCCACGUGUCUGAGUGAAUUGUUAUUUGCAGCUGUUCUCAAUAAUUGAAAUUAGGAGGUUGAAGGGGAAAAAAAUCUGAAAGCGAUAUAAUUAAACAAAUUUAUUUUUAAAAUUAAAUGUUUUUUACUGUAAUAUGUUUCACACAUU